AUGGUCUCUACCCCCACCAUCUCCCGCCAACGCCCGGGCUCUGCCUGCGAGGAGUGCCGUCGUCGCAAGGUCCGCUGUGACCGCCGCCGGCCCCAGUGCCAGGUGUGUUUUGAGACGGGCAUCGAGUGCAAGAUAAACACCACCCGGCUGCCCCGGGGGCCGCGAAAGGGGCAACUGCGGACCCUGCGGACGCGAAUCGCUGCCCUGGAACGCUGUCUGGCCGACCAACACCCCGAGAUCAACCACCAGAUGGCCAGUUUGUUCGACGGAUCUCUAAUCGACUGCGACUCGGAGGAAGAUCCGCUGCGUGAUCUGCCUGCCUUGCCGGGCCCGUUAUCGCUCCCGGUGCUGGAGCCGUCAUCAUCUGAGGGUCGAGGGACCAAAUCGCCGCGAUCCCCGGGGUCUCCGAGCCGGCCAGGGCUGGUAUCGGAUCUGAUGCGAGCAGACCUGGACCAACUUUAUUUCGACCGAGUGCACCCGUUUGCCCCCAUCCUGCAACGGUGGCGAUACCACGUGUGGGCCAAACAGCCGAAGAAGACCGAGGCGCAGAUGUGCCUGCAGUACGCGAUGUGGACGGUGGCCGCCUCCCUGUCGGCACAGUUCCAGUCGCUGCGCGAUCGACUGUACGCGGAGACGCGGCGCAUGCUGGACACGCUGGACCUGCAGGGCCCCAAGACCGAUGCCACGGGGAUCGAGCAGGCGCAGGCGUGGAUCCUGGUGUGUAUCUACGAGUACAUGCAGCUGUCGCCGCUGCAGGCGUGGAUGAGCACCGGGCGCUGCAGUCGUUUGGUGCUGGGGAUGCGCCUGUACGAGCUCGACGACCCGAAUAGUCCAGUCACGAUGGCCAGGGAGCAGGAGGCGGUGCUGGUGGAUUGGAUCGGGCUGGAGGAGCAGCGUCGCACCUUCUGGAUGGCAUAUUGCCUGGAUCGGUUCAUCAGCUUUCAUAAUGGGCUGCCGUUUACGUUGAAUGAGCAGUUGAUCACCACCCGCCUCCCCAGCCCCGAAGAAGAGUUCCAAUCCGGCCAACCAACCCUGACGGCCUACCUGUCCGAACUGAUGUCCAUCUCCGUCCCCAGCAUGCCCUUCCGAUACCCUCACUCUCACCACCCACACCACCCCCAGCACCAUCCCCAUCACCCUCAUCAUCACCACCCGCACAUCAUCCCCCCACCCCCCACCCCGCCGAGCAGCACGCUCUCCGACCCCCUCUCCUCCUUCACCGAACUCAUCCUCCUCGCCACAAUAGUCGGCCGCGCCCUCACGCACCCAACAGCCACCCCGCACGCCCACCCCGCCGCGACGCCCAACACCGACACCGACACCUUCUGGACCAGACACACCUACCUUCACUCCCUCCUGACGACAAGGAUCCACAUCCUGGCGACGUAUCCGCAGGUCGACCCGAUGCUGAUGUUUGCGAGGAUUGUCGCCCAGAGUAUGGUGCUUUUCUUGCACAAUGUGCUCGAGAGUAUUACGUGGAAGACUGGCGAUCAUUUGCUGGGAAUCAUUGAGUUUGAGCGGCUGUGUGUCCUGGCGGCGCAUGAGGUUGUUGCGCUGGUGAAGAUGCAGGGGAGCUUGGGGUAUUUUAAGGUCCAUCCCCUAACCCCCAUCCCCCUAAUCAUGUGCACCGAGUUCUUCUCCGCCCACGGCUACCUCGACGCCUCCUUUGACAUCAUGGUCCACGAGCUGCUCGAGUGUCUGCAGGAUCUGGAACGUGUCAAGAAUCCCGUUCCCGUUCCGCUGUCGGUGUCGUUGUCGGUCGGGAUGGGGAGUCCGGAGGGGGAGUAAAACCUUCCCUUUUCUUCAUCGUCCCUCUCCCUAAUCUUUUUUUUUUUUUUUGAAUCGUUGUUUUCUUUUUCUUUUCUUUUUUUUAAUCCCUUCCUGCUUGCCUUGGUG